AUGGCGAGCAACGGCGGUGAGCCGACCAAGGUCAACAUCCUGGGCAAAGACUCCAUUGUUGUCGGCCAUGACAUAUGGAGAGACUACAUUGCCCAGGACUUGCUCCAGAAUAUUUCCUCGUCGACGUACGUCCUCAUCACCGAUACAAACAUCGGCCCUCUUUACAUCGAAACGUUCGAAACCGCCUUCCAAAAUGCAAGCUCCUCGCUUCCCUCUCCACCACGUUUCCUCACCUACCAAAUAUCGCCCGGCGAGACUUCCAAGUCACGACACACAAAAGCUGCAGUAGAAGACUGGCUGCUUGCUCAGGGAUGUGUGCGCGACACCGUCAUAAUAGCCCUUGGCGGUGGUGUCAUUGGCGACAUGAUCGGCUACGUUGCAGCGACAUACAUGCGCGGCAUAAAGUUUGUCAAUGUCCCUACGACGCUUCUGUCAAUGGUAGAUUCGAGCAUAGGCGGAAAGACAGCCAUUGAUGUGCCUGCAGGGAAAAACUUGGUUGGCGCUUUCUGGCAGCCAGAGAGAAUCUACAUUGACCUGCGCUUUCUCGAGUCGCUGCCCAAGCGCGAGGUCAUCAACGGCAUGGCCGAGGUCAUCAAGACAGCCGCCAUCUGGAACGAAGAGGAAUUCACCACCCUCGAAGGCAAUGCAGACGACAUCUUGGCUGCCAUUGAUCAGAAGCCUGUAGACGGGCGCAGAAACUUUGACGAGAUAGCAAGCAUCCUCAAACGCAUAGUGCUAGGCUCAGUCCGAGUAAAGGCCGAAGUCGUCUCUGCAGAUGAGCGAGAAGGCGGUUUGCGCAACCUGCUGAACUUUGGCCACUCCAUCGGCCAUGCUUAUGAGGCCAUUCUCACCCCUCAGAUUCUCCAUGGCGAGUGCGUUGCGAUAGGAAUGGUCAAGGAAGCCGAGUUGGCACGUUAUCUUGGCGUCCUGGAUCCUUCUGCAGUCGCCCGCUUGACCAAAUGCAUUGCAAGCUACGGACUGCCUACAUCGCUGGCCGACAAGACUGUGCGAAAACGGUCGGCGAACAAGCCAUGCCCAGUUGAUGACCUUAUCAAGAUCAUGGCUGUAGACAAGAAGAAUGCUGGUAAAACUAAGAAAAUCGUGCUUCUCUCAGGCAUCGGGAGGACCCAUGAGAAAAAGGCUAGCUCUGUCGAGGACCGCAAUAUUAAGAUCGCACUCUCACCAAGCAUAUCGGUGCACCCUGGCGUCCCGUCCGACCUGAACGUGACAUGUACACCUCCUGGAUCAAAGAGCAUCUCCAACCGUGUCCUUGUACUUGCUGCGCUCGGAACGGGCUCGUGCCGCAUUACCAACCUGCUACACUCAGAUGACACGCAGGUGAUGUUGGAUGCGCUUGCAAAAAUGCAGGGCGCAACCUUUGCAUGGGAAAACGACGGCAAGGAGCUGGUAGUGACCGGAAACGGCGGUAACCUCAAGGCAUCAAGCAACGAACUCUACCUGGGAAACGCUGGUACAGCAGCGCGUUUCUUGACCUCAGUGACUGCCCUUUGCCAGCCUACGGAUGGCGUCACCUCGACUAUUGUCACUGGUAAUGCUCGUAUGAAGGAGCGACCCAUUGGUCCUCUUGUAAAAUCGCUCCGCACUAUGGGUGUUGAAAUUGACUACCAGGAGAACGAAGGCAGCCUCCCGCUCCGAAUCUCAGCCUGUGGCGGUUUCGGCUCUGAUUCCUUCACAGGCGAAAUCGAGCUUACCGCAAAUGUGUCUUCACAAUACGUCUCUUCAAUCCUGUUGAGUGCCCCAUACUCUAAGAAGCCCGUUACACUCCGCCUGGUUGGUGGCAAGGUCAUCUCACAGCCAUACAUCGACAUGACUAUUGCGAUGAUGGCUUCUUUCGGAGUGCAGGUUGAACGAUCCGAGAGCGACCCCAACACCUAUCACAUUCCCAACAAGCCAUACACCAACCCAUCGGAAUAUGAGGUUGAAAGCGAUGCUAGCUCAGCUACUUACCCGCUCGCUAUCGCAGCCAUCACCGGCACCACGUGCACAGUUCCCAAUAUCGGUUCUGGCUCCUUGCAAGGUGAUGCUCGAUUCGCCGUCGAGGUCCUGAAGCCCAUGGGCUGCACUGUUGAACAGUCCAAGACAUCGACAACUGUCACCGGCCCACCACGCGGUCAACUCAAGGCUGUCAAGGAAAUCGACAUGGAGCCAAUGACGGAUGCAUUCCUCACAGCAUCUGUUCUAGCUGCGGUAGCAUCUUCAAACGGCUCUAGUGUCACUACCCGCAUCUAUGGUAUCGCGAACCAGCGUGUCAAGGAGUGCAAUCGUAUCCAAGCCAUGGAAGACGAGUUGGCCAAAUUUGGCGUGACUUGCAGACAGUUUGACGAUGGUAUUGAGGUUGAUGGAAAGGCCUACGAGCUUGAUGCCCCCAAGGUUGGCAUUCACUGUUACGAUGAUCAUCGUGUUGCCAUGAGCUUUGCCGUUCUCUCAUUAGUUGCACCUGCGCCUGUGCUCAUUCUCGAAAAAGAGUGCACAGGAAAGACAUGGCCAGGGUACUGGGAUAGCCUGAACCAGGUCUUCAAAGCCAAGCUCGAGGGUGUAGAGCUGGCGCCAAAGACCAGCACACGCAAGGCUGCGUCAAAGGUCUAUCAGCGAUCCAUCUUCGUCAUCGGGAUGCGAGGCGCUGGUAAGACAACCAUGGGUAGCUGGGCGGCACGCGCUCUUGGAUGGCCUUUGAUCGAUCUGGACACCGCUCUUGAGCAACAUGUUGGCAUGACGAUUCCCGAACUCAUCAAGGAGCAAGGCUGGGAAGGCUUCCGAAGCGCAGAGCUUAAACUCUUGGAGAGGGUUGGUAAAGAGAAGCCCAACGGACAUGUCUUCGCUUGUGGUGGGGGGAUAGUCGAGACACCAGCGGCUCGCAAGCUACUCAUCGACUACCACAAGAGCGGCGGUAUCGUUCUUCUGAUCUCACGAGACAUCAACAAGGUCAUCUCUUUUCUUCAGAUUGAUAAGACAAGGCCAGCAUACGUCGACGACAUUAUGGGCGUCUGGCUUCGACGUAAGGGUUGGUACGAAGAAUGCAGCAACUACCGCUUUCAUAGCCAGGCUGCUGGGCUGAACGAUGUCCCUCAAGCACAGGCAGAGAUGGCACGUUUCCUAAACGUAAUCACAGGCAGGGUAUCAGUUUUGGAGGGGUUCAAGAAGAGAAAGCACUCUUUCUUUGUCUGCCUUUCUGCGCCGCGACUCGAGUCUUGGAUCAAAACGCUACCUGCAAUCGUAGUCGGUUCGGAUGCUGUCGAGCUGAGGAUUGAUCUGCUUGAGGAUCCGGAAGGUCAACCAGGCCUACCAACACCAGACUUUGUCAUUGAGCAACUCACCAUUCUACGCACAGUCACCUCGAUUCCAGUCAUCUUUACUUUGAGAACACAGGCGCAGGGUGGUAAAUUCCCGGACAGAGCAUAUGACGAGGCUCUUACACUUUAUCGAACGGCAUUGCGACUGGGAUGUGAGUUUGUUGACCUGGAGUUGACCAUGCCCGAGCAUGUGCUACAGGAGAUAUCGGAGAAUCGCGGUUUCUCCGAGAUCAUCGCAAGUCAUCAUGACCCGAAGGGCGAGUUGAACUGGAAGAACGGCUCUUGGAUAUCACAGUACAACCGUGCCCUCCAGUACGGUACUGUUAUUAAGCUGGUCGGCGUCGCCAAGUCGCUGGAAGACAACUUUGCGCUCGCCGAGUUCAAGAGCUGGGCGCAAACAGCCCAUCCUACGCCUUUGAUUGCCAUAAACAUGGGAGAAAAGGGCAAGAUGAGCAGGAUAUUGAACGGCUUCAUGACUCCUGUAUCGCACCCUCAGCUUCCUUCUGCAACUGCACCAGGACAGCUUUCAGCGGUAGAUAUUCGUCGUGGCCUUUCUUUGAUGGGUGAGAUUCCGACAAAGCAGUUUUACAUUUUCGGUUCUCCCAUUGCGCAAAGUCCCAGCCCACGUCUGCACAACACUCUCUUCCGUGAGACUGGACUGCCUCACAUCUACAGUCGCCACGAGACCACAGAUGUAAACUCGUUCCGCGACAUCAUCCGCACACCGGAUUUUGGCGGUGCCAGUGUCACUAUUCCUCUAAAGCAGGACGUCAUACCUCUGCUUGACGGAGUCGGCCCAGAGGUGGAAGUAAUUGGCGCCGUCAACACUAUCGUUCCCGAAGUCUCCAUCGACGAGACUACCGGCAAGGAGGUAACCCGGCUCAUUGGCCGCAACACAGACUACCUAGGCAUGGUCCUCAUCCUACGCAAUGCCGGUGCCCAAGGAAGCGGCUCUGCCCUCGUCAUCGGUGGUGGUGGCACAAGCCGCGCAGCCAUCUACGCCCUGAAAGAAAUGGGCUACAGUCCCAUCUACCUCCUCGGCCGCAACCCCGCCAAGAUGGAAACUCUCAAGAACGCCUUUUCAGCAGAAUACAAUGUCCACGUCUUGAACUCGCCAGAUGACGUCGCCGCCCUCGACGCCGCGCCUCAGGCCGCUAUCGGCACUAUUCCCGCCGACCAACCCAUCGAUAUUGCCAUCCGCGAGACGCUGUGCUCGCUGUUUGAAAAGGGUAAGGCGUCGGUUAGGGAUAUCGAUGUGGGAGGUGAGAGGAUUCUGCUUGAGAUGGCGUACAAACCAUCUGUUACUGCACUUAUCCAGCUUGCCAUGGACAACGGGUGGAAGACGGUGAAUGGGCUUGAGGUUUUGGUUGGGCAGGGUGUGAAUCAGUUUGAGUACUGGACCGGCGUAAGGCCAUUGUAUGAGGUUGCGAGGGAUGCUGUUAUUAACCAGACGGAUUGA